AUGACGACCAAAGUGCUGAUUGUUCUCGCUGCUCUGACUCUCUGCUGCUGCAUCUCCAGCCUACAAGCGUCGCCCAUCCAGGGAUGUCUCUGCAUACGUACCACGUCUGCCUCCAUUCCUGCCCGGGUCAUCAAGAAGGUCGAGGUGAUUCCUGUUUCAGGACGCUGUCGGAGGACUGAGAUCAUUGUGACGAGGAAGAAUGGCUCAAACGUUUGUGUGGAUCCUAACGGGAAGUGGGCCAGAAACAUGCUCAACACUCUGAACAGGCAGUCGACCACCGACAACACCACACUCUCAUCAACUUCAGUCAUCAAUUAA